CAGCGGUCUCGCCGGAAUGGAUGGAGCUGGCCCCCUCACCCGCUCCAGAUUGUGGCCUGGCUGCUCUACCUCUUCUUCGCGGUGAUUGGCUUUGGGGUCCUUGUUCCCCUCCUGCCUCACCCCUGGGUGCCUGCUGGCUAUGCUGUAUCCUUGGACUAUAUGGAACUGGAAAAGUUGGGGAGAGGGAUAAAUAGAAGAAGGCAGAGGUCUGAAGCUGGGUUCAGGGUCUUAGGGAGCACAUGGUGGUGUAGAGCAGGGUUGACUCAGUUGAUUUUCUGUCGGGCUCAGACUUCUCACUUGACCCUUCCUCUGAUAAAAGUGAGUGUACAGCCCCAAAGUUCCUCCGAGCACAUAAAUAUCAGAGAAGAUCUGACAAAGACUCUGGAAGCUUCUUCAGACUGAUGCUGAGCUAAAGAAAGGGCAAAUCAGAGGCUGGGUAUAUAGCUCAGUUGGUAGAGUACUUGCCCAGCACAUGCAAGAUCUUGGGUUCAAUCCGCAUUUGAAACAGCAAGUUAGGGAGCAAUUAUUCCACUUGUGAGAGAAUUUGUCAUGGUACAGUUUCCCCACAUAGUAAGUUUCUUGGUAAAAUAAAAUGUGGUUUUAUUUUAUAGACAUUAUUUUGCUAUGCCUAGGAAUAUUUGCACGCUUAUUGAUUUUAGGAUGAGGGUGUUUAUGCCAAAAGGUGGCACAGAAAUGCCCCGCAAGCUCCUAGAAAACAGUGACAAACACUAACUUGGUCGAGCUUUAUGGUCUGGCUGUCCUAUUCCUGGUCACAAAAGACAUGGCUACAAGGCUGGGUGUAGGGCUCAGUGGGCCUCUGUGUGCCCCUGUUCAGAGAGUUCCUGUUACUGUCCACUGGCCUCAGCCUCCUGAAGAGGAUAAGCUGGAGGGAACAUGUCAGCAGGGCUGUGCUGAUGAGAGCAGCUUCUCAAGCUCUCUGGUCCACAGGAAGGGUUCUGUUUGUUUCCAAGGCCUGAGUUGAGAAUGAGGGCUUAUUAGGAAGCAUGUGAACAUGCUAAUGUAAGUGUGCUUUCUUGGGAGACCCCAGAGCCCUGGGCUGGUGAGUGACAAAGGCAGUUGAGUGACAAGAGAGUUUCUCGAGAAGAUUGUCAUCCUCAGACAUUAGCAAAGUCAUUGGGGGCUUCCUGGUUCACAGGAGCCCAAGGCCAGAUCAUCAGCUGGAUAACUUGCCUUAAGAUUCAUGGGCCUGCAUGUGAUUAGGUGGAAUGCUUCCUGGGACAUUCUCUGUCUGAAAUAGCUCCACCCCUGGUUCAGGGUUGCCCAGGUACCCUGCGUGUACCUGGCUUGUAGUGAGGAGGAUCAGAGCAAGUAGCAGUAAACAAAAGUAGCAUUUACUGAGCACUUCCAUAUGCCACACACUUGGUCCUUAUGAUAACCCUGUAAGGAAUGGAUUUUCCCCACUAAUAAAGUAUAUUAGUUAAGUUUCUUUUGCUGUGAUGACAUACCAUGAACAAAAACAAGUGGUAGGCGAGUUUCUUUUAAUGGUCCCAGGGGGUUAGGUAAUGUUCAUAAUGGUGGACUGGGCGUGGCAGUAGGCAGCCAUGAGGCAUGAGCAGGAACCUAGCUGAUCACAUCUCAACUGCACACAGGAAGCAGAGAGAGAGUGAGUAGGAAGUAGAACAAGGCUAUGAACCUUCAAAUCCCGCCCCCCAAUGAUGUACUUCUCCAACAAGGUUGCACCUCAUAAAGGUUCUAUAACCUCCCCAGCAGCACCAGUAGUUGGUGACCAAGUGUUUAAAUACAUGAACGUAUGGGGCCAUUUCUCAUUCAAGACCAUGUGAAGAAAGAGAUUCAGACAGGACAGUGCCUUCUGAGGUCACACAGCUGCUAUCCAGUGAGGCCAGAAGGGCAGCUCAGGCUGAGGAAAUGGAAUGAUUUGAGGGUUUGAUCUUCUUCAUAUUUUCUCUUUAUCUUCUUUGAGCCACGUGGAAGCUCCCAGAGCCACCUAGUCUGGCAGCUUGCCCAAGGUUAUAUGGUGCCAUCAAAGUCUCCUUCUGUUAAAGCAAGCUCUCAGGGCCUCUGAGGAAUGAAGCAGGUACCAAGUCCCCACUGUGGGCCCAGAUUGGGCCUGAGCUUCAGGGAUGUAAAGAUGCCAAUGUGCGGGACAAGAGCUAUUCUGGGCCCCUGCCUAUCUUCAACCGCAGCCAGCAUGCACAUGUCAUUGAAGACCUGCACUGCAACCUGUGCGACGUAGAUGUGUGAGUGCGUGAGUGUGAGUGAACAUGUGGGCCAUGAAUGUGCCUGGAGGGUCACAAGUUAUAUUCAGGGUAAAGAGGGCAUGCCAGGCUUCACAGUUAUUCUUAUGCCUCUGAACACUUGUCCUUUCCAUAGGCAAAGUUGUGGUGGAGGCACACCUUUAAUCCCAGCACUCAGAAGUCAAGAGGCAGACAGAUCUCUGAGUGCGCGAUCGAAACACUGCAGCGCCUGUAACAAAUGUGUAUGCGGCUUCGACCAUCAUUGCAAGUGGCUCAACAACUGCGUGGGCGAGAGGAACUAUCGGCUCUUUUUACACAGUGUGGCAUCUGCUUUGUUGGGUGUUCUGCUCCUGGUGCUGGUGGCCACUUAUGUCUUCGUGGAGUUCUUUGUCAACCCCAUGCGGCUUCGUACCAACCAACAUUUUGAAGUCUUGAAGAAUCACACAGAUGUGUGGUUUGUGUUCUUGCCUGCUGCCCCUGUGGAGACCCAGGCUCCUGCCAUCCUGGCCCUGGCUGCCCUACUCAUCCUUCUGGGCCUGCUUUCUACAGCUCUGCUUGGCCACCUGCUCUGCUUCCACAUGUAUUUAAUGUGGCACAAACUUACCACCUAUGAGUACAUCGUACAGCACCGCCCAGCCCAGGAAGCAAAGGAGACCCACAAGGAGCUUGAGUCAUGCCCCCGGAAGAUGCGGCCCAUUAAGGAGAUGGAGUUUUACAUGAGGACCUUCAGCCAUGUGCGUCCAGAGCCCUCUGGCCAGGCCAGGCCAGCAGCAUUAAAUGUCCAUCCUUCCCAGUUUCUUGCCACCCAAGGCCAAGUGGAACCACCACUGCCCUCCUCCUCAGACACACUGGCUCUGCCUCCACGGAUCCAACCCCAGAAAAAGAGGAAGCGGCGUGUAUAUAAAUUGUCCAGGUCUGGGGUCUUGGGCCGGGAGCCCCCGCUGCCCAGGAUACAGGGGACUGGGACCCCUGGCCGCCAUUCCAGCUCUUCGUCGGAUUCCAUCAGUGCCAGCCCGGUACAUGUGGCUGGCUCUGCAGGCGCUUACUACUCAGCAUCAGCCGAGUCCAUGGAAGAGAUUCCAGUGGCCCAGACACGCCUGGGUAGUGCUGCGCUGGGCGCCCCAGGAACCAGGGGCCGAGAGUCUGGGCUGGCGCUACAGGCACGUUCUCCGGCCGUUUUUGUGAGCCCGAGCAGCGGCGAGCCCGGGACACCUGGUGGUGGUGAAGAUGGCCUGCCUUAGCGCUUGCGGCCCGACUCUAUGCAACACCCCAUCUUCGCCGCCGCACUGAGUGCACUUUAGGGGCCUCGCGGCCGGCGGGAUCGGCCUCCUUUGCCCAAGACUCAGCAAUAUCCGUGCCGCCAGCCCUGAUGCUCCAAUAAACUUUUUUUUUUUAUGCUUU